UCGGUCAUUGGCCCAUCCAUUUUCACUCGACUCGAGACUUCUUCUCUUCUUUCUCUUUGGGGGAAAUUACCCAAUUUUUUGUUUUUCCUCUUAAAGUCUGCUUACGCAUCAUCAGCUAAAAGCAUCAAAGAGAUGAGCUUGAGCAGGAAUAUACCAUGUGUGUAUGCAUGAUAACGCUAAUGGUGGAAUUUUUGUUUUGACGGAAGCUUUUUAUCAAAACCCCAGUGUUAGCCCAGAUUAUCCUCUUGGAAGGUCUGUGGGUGCUGCCUGGGGGAAUUUUGAAAGAUUAAGUGUCUGGGAUUGUGGUUUUAUGGGUUGAACUAUUGAAUCAAUGAUGGGGAGCAUGAGUGACGAAGAAGAUCAAUACUUUGACACCCGUGAGGACAUAACCUCUGUGUCUGAUUCCAGUUCUGAUUGCUCUGAGAGUGUUGAUUUCGACAAUAGGGGUAUUGACUCUUUUCCUGAGAGUAUAGGGUAUGAGAUAUGGAUUAAUAACCCAGUAAGUGUUCAGGAGCGACGCAGUAAGUUUGUACGAUGGAUGGGUUUGAAUGAGGGAAGGAUGGUAAUUAAAGAUCAUGAUGUCACUUCUUGUGAUGGAUUGGAACUGGAGACUGAUAGAAUCACCCAAUGCAGUGGUGCAGUUUUAGGAUCAUUGAGUUCUGAUGAUAAUUUAUCAUUGAGUCAGUCUUCCAUGUCGUCCUGGUCAAAUGAUUCUAGGGUAUCGGUAGAAGGGUCACUAGAUGAGCGAUCUGUUUGUAAGAUUAGAAAUUUGGAUGAUGGAACAGAGUUUGUUGUGGAUGAACUAGGACAGGAUGGGAUGCUGAGGAGUCUUCGCAAAGUAGGUUCAGAUGCUUUGCUUACUGUUGAGGAAUUUGAAAGGAGUCUUGGAUUUUCCCCUUUGGUACAGCAAUUGAUGCACAAAGGAGUUGAAGAAGCUUUCAAUUCUGAUGCAACAAGAAAGCAAGUUAAGAGCAGGUGGUUAAAGAAAAUAGGUGCUGCGGCUAGCAUUGUUGAUAAACUAUUGGCAGCUGGUCACACAGAUUGGGAUGGAAAGGCUCGAAAAGUCAAGGUUCGAUCGUGUAAGAAGCAGUCUAAGGAAUUGUCUGCCCUUUACAUGCGACAAGAUCUACCAGCUCAUGAGGGUUCAAUAUUAACAAUGAAAUUCAGCCCAGAUGGUCAGUACCUUGCUAGUGCUGGUGAAGAUGGAAUUGUGCGCGUGUGGAAGGUGAUGGAGUCAGAAAGAUCAGCUCAGUCUGACAUUCUUGACACUGAUCCUUCGUAUGCAUACUUCUCAAUGAAUAAUUUUUCUGAUGUUGUCCCUCUUAAUGUGGAUAGGGAGAAAAGGGACAAUUUAAAGACAUCGGGAAAAACUAGUGUUAUUUUCCCUCAAAAAGUUUUCCAAAUAUCAGAAAAACCAAUCCAUGAGUUCCAUGGGCACUCUGGUGAGGUUUUGGAUCUCGCAUGGUCAAAAAACAAGCAUCUACUGUCAUCCUCUGUGGACAAAACAGUCCGAUUGUGGCAACUUGGAUGUCAGGAUUGCUUAAAAGUGUUUAUCCACAAUAGUUAUGUCACAAGUAUUCAGUUCAAUCCUCUGGAUGAUGAUUACUUCAUCAGUGGUUCUGUAGAUGGAAAAGUACGCAUGUGGGCAGUCUCUUCUUGUCAAGUUGUUAAUUGGACUGAUAUAAGUGACAUAAUUACAGCUGUUUGUUACCGUCCUGAUGGAAAGGGAGUAAUUGCUGGCUCCAUGAGUGGUAUUUGCCGCUUCUACAAUGCAUCUGAUAACCGUCUGCAACUUUAUGCUCAAAUAUCCUUGCAGGGAAAAAAGAAGUCACCACUCAAAAGGAUAACUGGUUUGCAGUUCUCGCCAACUGAUCCAGCCAAAUUAAUGGUCACCUCUGCUGAUUCACAAGUUCGAAUUCUUGAUGGUGUUGAUGUAAUCUGCAAAUACAGAGGGCUCCAUAAUGCAGGAAGCCAGAUAUCUGCAAGUUUCACACACGACGGAACACGCAUUGUCUCUGCAAGUGAGGAUUCCAAUGUCUAUGUCUGGAACUAUAGGAGCAAGGAUGGGCGUUCAGUCCAGCCAAAGAAUCACUGGUCUUCCGAGCGUUUCUUCUCAAACAACACUUCAGUCGCUAUUCCUUGGUGUAGUACGAGUAUGACUAGCCGUAGCUCGUUUACUACUACAUCAGCAUCGCAUCCAUCUCCUGAUCAUUCAGCUAGCACACACAGAAACACCGAGGAAAGAGGAUCAAAGCAAUCGCGCUUCUCAUCAGCAAAUCACUUGUCACUGAGCCAAGGCUUCUUUUCAGACUCUAUCUCCAGAGGAACUGCUACUUGGCCAGAAGACAAGCUUUCUUUAAACUCAUUGGUUGUUUUGUCCUCAAAAUGCAAAUCACAACCCAAGUUUCUAAAGCCAUUUGGUCAUAGCACAACAACCAGUUGCCCCCAAGCAUGGGGCUUGGUUAUUGUAACAGCAGGCUGGGAUGGUCGAAUCAGAACAUUCCAGAAUCAUGGAUUGCCAAUACGAAUUUAAUUCUAUUGAUGGAUUUUUCAGAGACAACAACUAUUCUUCCAGGGUUUUUUUUAGUGGAAUUGGUUAGAGUAGCUGUACAUCUUGAAGUGUCCUGGCUUGCAAAUAUCAUAAUUUAGCUGAUUUUCUUUCACGGAGAUUAAUUAAUCUGUAUAUCAAGGCCAUCUUGGUUGCUUGAACAUUCUUGCAAUCUUUAUAGUUUUAAUAUUCAACCAAAAUCAUAUAUGACAAGCAUGAUCAUUUUCUCAUA